CCUUCAAUCGUGAUGACCAAGGGACCCGACGGAAACUACACUCACACAGGAAGUAGCACAUUACUUAUCGACUGGCUUUCAAAGAAACUCAAUUUCACGUACACUUAUUUCUCUAUCCCCAACAACAUUACGAAAGCCAAAUAUGGGAACAUGAGUGACUUUGGCGUCAUUUACAAUCUCCUUGUCAACAAGGAAGUUGAUGGAUCAGCUCUACCAGUGGUUACCAACGCAGAAAGGAUUAAAAAUGUCGAUUUUGCAUACUUCAUUAUGUCGGAGCCUCAAGUUAUGGUGGUACCUCGACGAGGGGAAGAACCCCGGCUCUUUGCCUUUAUUCGACCAUUUCAACAAUCGGUGUGGUUAUCCAUCUUGUUUACCAUGGUGGUAAUGGUGUGCUUGAUGACUGUCUUGACAAUAAUUCACUCUCGAUCCUUGACAAACAAAUUCGAAACGAGAGAGACGACGAGACUUUCCAUUUGGCAAACUGCCAGUUGCUACGCAAUAUUCGUCAUCAACAUAAUCGCGAACCAAGGAGGCAGUGUUCCGGGUUCGCGGUUAAGUUUCCGAAUUCUUAUGGGUGCCUGGUUAUUGGCAGCCAUGGUCUUGGUGAACAGCUAUUCCGGCACAGUCGUUUCCUAUCUGACCGCGCCCAAAAUGAUGCCAUCCAUCAACACCUUGGAAGAUUUAGCCGCCAGCGAAGAUGUCGGCGUAGUUCUGUUUGAUAAUAGCGUCAUCGAGCAAGAUAUAAUGGAAGCUACAUCGGGAACAUUAAAGAUUCUGGGUGACCAGGUUCGUCGCUAUCCUAAUCGCAAAUUGAACAGCAUACCGCAAGCCAUUACACUUUUGGAAACAGGACAUUAUGUUCCUAUAUAA